AUGUAUCUAUCUCAUGUCUGUUCUAUCUAUCUAUCUAUCUAUCUAUCUAUCUAUCUAUCUAUCUAUCUAUCUAUCUAUCUGUCCAAAUUGUAUGCAUGUAUGCAUGUAUGUCUUUCUAUCUGUUUAUCUAUCUAUCUAUCUAUCUAUCUAUCUAUCUGUUUAAAUGUAUGUUUGUAUGCAUAUAUGCAUAUCUAUCUCUAUCUCUGUUUAUAUCUAUCUAUUAUGUAUCUAUCUAUCUAUCUAUCUAUCUAUCCAAAUGUUCAUUAUGUAUCAUAUAUCUAUCUAUCUAUCUAUCUAUCUAUCUAUCUAUCUAUCUAUCUAUCUCAAUCUGUCCAAAUCAUCCGGCUCACAACCCUGCAGCAUCAUAUUGCUCCCCCUGCAGUAUCCGGCACUCCUGCAGCAUCAGCUCAUUCCUGCAAUCCCCCAACAACGAUGAUCCUAGCAGCAUCCAACCUCCACUGCCAAUUUCCUCGACCAUAUAUCAAUGCCUGCUGUCGUCCAUAUUGUUUCACGGCAAAGAGAUUGCAAUCUAUCUAUCUAUCUAUCUAUCUAUCUAUCUAUCUUGACAGUUUUUACGCUUCACUACGACCGUCAAAACUUGCUCUAUCACUCUCUCUUUCUCCCUUUUUCUCUCUCUCUGCGUGUCUAUCUAUCUAUCUAUCUAUCUAUCUAUCUAUCUAUCUAUCUAUCUAA